AUGGCGACAGCAACAACACUACUCGACACACUGUCGAGCUUCACGGCAGCCGCAGACUCUGCGUCACAAGCUCUGCCCGAUGUAGAUGCUCUUCUACCGCCUACGAACGGCAUCUCACUACUGGAUGCGAAGAACGAAAUCUUCCUAUCCUAUCUCCAGGCGCUCGCCCUUCGUAACCUUAACGUCAUUCGGUCGCUGAAAGAUGGUGCGGACGUCGAGGAGGCACACAAACUCAGCAGCGACAUCACAUCGAAGCUGGUCGAACACAGAGUCUACCUGGAACGAGGUGUACGGCCAUUGGAGCAGAAGAUCAAGUACCAGACGGACAAAGUGGUAAAGGCAGCGGAUGACGAGGAGAGGCUAGCAGCGCAGAAGGAGAAGCAGGCGGAGGCUGGGAACAAGCAGACUAAUGGCAAGGCGGAUGGAAGCAGCGAGUCCGAAGAGAGAUCGGAGGAAGAAAGCGAUGAGGACGAAGACGAAGAGGUCGAGCAGACAUCCUACAGACCCAAUCUCGCAGGCUUUGGCAAAAGUAAUGGUCCCACCUCCGAGCAGACACGCCAGUCCAAAAGCAAAGAAGAUGGGGUCUACCGACCUCCACGCGUAUCAGCCACCUCCAUGCCCACCACCGAACAACGGGAGAAGAAGGCACGAAGACAGCCUAGGUCAGCUACGAUGGAGGAAUACGUCAACACGGAGCUCUCGAACGCUCCUCAAGCUGUGCCGAGCAUAGGCAGCACGAUCGCGCAAGGCGGCCGCAAGACAAAGGACGCAAGACAGAUGGCGAAGGAGCAGGAGCGGCGCGAUUACGAGGAGACGCAUCUUGUGCGUUUGCCACCGGAGUCGAAGAAGGAGCUGGCGAAGCAGCGGGCGAAGGAGAGGAGAGGUGGGUAUGGUGGCGAGGAGUGGAGAGAUCUGGGGAGUGCUGUUGAUCGGAUUGGUGAGCUGACGAGACGGAAGGGUAAGGAGGGGGCGCUGGAGAAGAGUAGGAAGAGGAGGGCUGUCGAGGAUGGGCCGAGGGGUGACGGGAUUGGGGAUGCGUUUGAUGUCAAGAAGAGACGGGUUAUGAAGAAGAUGCGUCGGUAG